AUGUCUAACUUUGCUUCAAUAUUUUCCGCGAUUUUUUCCAUAUUUGCUCAAGCAUUAAUGAUAUUUGGCGGUGCGAUACCGUAUAUUCCACAAUAUUUAAUCAUUAAACGAUCGCAAAAUGCUGAAGGUUUCUCAAAUUAUGUUUGUUUAACAUUAUUAAUAGCAAAUAUAAUUCGAAUUGAAUUUUGGUUUGGCAAACAUUUUGAAACGCCUUUGCUGUUGCAAUCGAUUAUAAUGAUAAUAUGUAUGCUGAUUAUGCUUGAAUUAUGGACGCGAGUACAUACAAAGUCGUAUAAAGCAGGACAGCAAUUAGGCGCCAUAUUACCAAGAUCAGGCGAUAAAAAAUUUACUGAUUUUGAAAUUGAUUACUUCUGGAAAUGGACUACUUUCGGUAGUUACAUCCAAUUUUUAUGCUUAUUUGCGUUUGUUAUAAGUGCUGUAACGUGGGCAUUUAUUAAUAAUAAGUUUUAUAUAGAGACAAUUGGUUUUCUAGCUGUUUUCUUCGAAGCACUCUUAGGUAUACCUCAGUUUUUAAGAAAUUAUCGUCUUAAAUCAACAGAUGGUAUGAGCAUCGGAAUGGUAUUGAUGUGGACCAGUGGUGAUAUAUUUAAAACAAGUUAUUUUCUUAUUCGAAAAGCACCAAAACAAUUUUGGUUAUGCGGUACUUUACAAAUUGCCAUUGACAUUGCUAUAUUAUUUCAAGUAUUUAUUUAUUCGGACAAAUUUAAAAACCGAAAACGAUAA